CAGGAGGAGGAGCCGACCCGCCCAGAGCCGGCCUCCCGCAGCAGUGCAGGCGCUGCUCCCUUCCAGUCGGGACGACACAAAACGAGGAAUUUAAGGAAGCGUGUCGACCGCUGCCCUUCUCAGCGCUCGAAGCCGCACCAUGCUUGCCUUCCGAAGGAGCCUGACUAGGGCCCUGGCUGCUCCAACGAUGGCGCCUCAGGUGUGUUCAUCUUUUGCUACAGGCCCCAGACAAUAUGAUGGAACAUUCUAUGAAUUCCGUACCUAUUAUCUUAAGCCCUCAAAGAUGAAUGAAUUCCUGGAAAAUGUUAAGAAAAACAUUCAUCUUCGGACAGCUCACUCUGAAUUGGUUGGAUACUGGAGUGUAGAAUUUGGAGGCAGAGUGAAUAAAGUGUUUCAUAUCUGGAAGUAUGACAAUUUUACUCAUCGAACUGAAGUUCGGAAAGCCUUGGCCAAAGAUAAGGAAUGGCAAGAACAAUUUCUCAUUCCAAAUUUAGCUCUUAUUGAUAAACAGGAGAGUGAAAUCACUUAUCUGGUGCCAUGGUGCAAAUUAGUAAAACCUCCAAAAGAAGGAGUCUAUGAACUGGCUACUUUUCAGAUGAAACCUGGUGGGUCAGCUCUGUGGGGUGACCCAUUUAAAAGGGCAGUUCAUACUCAUGUCAAUCAAGGCUACACAAAAUUAGUUGGAGUGUUCCAUGCAGAAUAUGGAGUACUCAACAGAGUUCAUGUUCUUUGGUGGAACGAAAGUGCAGACAGCCGUGCAGCUGGGAGACAUCAGUCUCAUGAGGAUCCCAGAGUAGUGGCAGCUGUUCGGGAAAGUGUUAACUUCCUUGAGUCUCAGCAGAAUAUGCUUCUGAUUCCUACAUCAUUUUCACCAUUGAAAUAGUUUUCCAGUGGUAUACAGAGCAUUUCAUGAAUUGUCAUAAGAUGUAUCUGCUAUUGGUGCUUAAAUUCCCCCAAGAGAUUCUCACUUUAUUUUGAAGGAGGUGGUAAGUUAAUUUGCUAUGUCCUUUGCAUAUUUAAAAGCUACGUCUGUCCAUUGUCACUACCACUUCAGGAAACAGUCUGUUCAUUUUCCCCUUGGCAUUUUAGUAUCUGUCAUAUGUUAAAAAUACUUGCCUUUAUUACCAGGUCUUGAUUUUUCAUUUGUUUGAGAAUAUCUCUCAUUCUCUAUUUUGAUAACCCUCUGCUUUUGUAGCAUUUUCUUACAUUCAAAUGAUUAUUACAUUUCCAUAUCUAUGAUAAUAUCUUUAAAUUAUUUGUAUACAUUAUUACCUUUUUCAUCAUGUCUGUUUUUCUGAGAUUUUAAAAGUUUUUGUCCAGUCAGGUUUAUUUUAUAAUACCAAAUGGGGUUCAUAAAAAUAUUAAACAUAUUUCUUUACUAUGGAAGAGUACAAUGUUAUCUGUGUCAUCUGUAUUAAUGUUUUUCACAUUACUUACUUACUUGAAAAAUGUUAUUAGGUCCUGUUAUUAAACAUCAUUGAUGAAUCA